ACAUGGCUGUUGUAGCAACGUGCGUACGGUCGGUCGGGGUCCAACGAUUUAGUGGAUUAUGAAGGCGAUGUGAAUGCAGGAAAUGUAGAAUAUGUGUGUAUGUAGAGCGUUUUGGGGGUAAUGAUGAUGGAACCACCUGUUGGUCGUCUGCCACCUCUACGUGUCCUCCAUGAGCAGUCUGCUCUGGAUUUAGACACCCCACCGCCCUCCCCAGGCACCUCUUCCAGCGAGACCCUGGCCGUGCCCAUCCUCUCCCGCAGUCCCUCUCCUAUCUCUACCUCGUCCUCGGGCACCCAGUACAGCGGGGAGGAGAUCGAGCACAGCAUCCACAACCUGGCCCAGUGCUACCAGAUCUUGCAACCGGGCCGACACUCCUGCCUCUGCACCCACGGCCGGGUUUCCUCUGCUUUCUCCCACAACAAGUACAGCGUGACCUUGGCUGAGGGUUACUCCACCCUCCAGAGGCUCAUGAUCAGCCGGUCCCACCUGCACUUUGCCCGGGACUGCGCCUCACGGGUGGCGCAGCUGGCUGAGUUUGUGCAGAGCCUGCAGGUCAUUGCGCACGAAGAGCAUAACACCCUGCAGGCUCUGCAGACGGGCGGAGAUGUGGAGCCUUACACCAAGCUGGAGUACUUAGCGGCAUUCUGUGAGGACCUCCGGAUCCACAUGAACCACUGGGCGUCCAUCCAGCACCGGCUGUACAGCGACAAGUACCUGCAGGCAGUGUUGCCUGAGCUGUGCCGGGACCUAUUGGACCUUCAUCAGUCAUUGGUGUACUUGCGGGACUGUGCUCUGUGGUGGCUACAGCAGAUCAUCACCAUCGGCUUACGGAUUUUCGCUCAUUGCAACCCCAAUACCGCCACACAGGACAUGCUGUGGAGCAUUGUCAGAGGCACGGAGAACUAUAAUGGGAUGUUGUCAGUAAUUAGAGGUCAUCACAGGAAUCUUGGAUCAGUGCCAACCGGUCGUCAAGACAGUUAUCAGUGCUUCAGGUCAAAACUAGCUGCUGUAGCCUCCUCGAGGUUCGCCUGUAACAUUCAACCUUUUCCUGUCAGUAGAAUACUUAGCAUACUUUCAAAAGAACGCUGUAAAUUAGCUAGCCUACAAAUACUCUUUUUCCUCAUGCGAAACCAAAGCUUUGUUCAUUUAGCACUGCAGCCACCUGCCUUGUUUGAUUGGCGCACGUAUCCUUGCAUGGCCAGUGCUAAGACCUCUCGGUCUUCGUCCGACCACUUGCCAGAACCAACCCAUCCCGCCACUGCCAAUGCUUCACUUGUCACACUGCGAGACCUCAAAGCUCAGGGACUUCUUCAAGAGACAUCUCCUCAAUGUGCAAUCGAGACCCAGGAGGAAGGGUUCAUCUCCAAACUCCUGACGGCUGUCUCUGCCUCCACAGGUCUGCUGCAGAAGCAUCGGCCCUCCGUGGCAGUGGACGAGGGCGGCAGCCAGACAGCUGUCCAGAAACUGGCCAAGCUGAAGUCGCCGCGGCAGAACGGCAGCAAGCACACCCGCAAGUCGGUGCGCUGGGGGGACUCCUUCAACGCUCGCAUCCAGCACGAAUAUUUCAACCUGUAUAUGGACAUGAUGUGGAGCUGUUGCGGGGAGGAGUUGUGGGACCUUCUGCACCGGCCCGGUCUAGGGCUUGCAGAUAUUGCCUUGGAGGGCAUCCUGAGCCUUGGUCAUGUAUAUCAAUGCAGUGAUGCCUUGAUAGUAGCACUCGCUCAUUUGAUUGAACAAGCAUGCGGCAAAGGUGUCUUUACAGCAGGUGCCAGUCAAGGUUUGCAGAACAUCUCACGUCAGUUGAUCGGUGACGUAGCAUUGACUCAGUGUCGCUCAGGUAUAUGUCAAGCUCUUGCCUCCAGCUCCUCAGACAAAUGCUUCCCUGUAAGUGGUCCCUCCUCCAUCGACCAAGGCAGCAAGACAUGUCAGCUGUUCCAGGCAUCGCUGUUACCCCUGCUGAGUCUGCUAUCAGCUGCCGAGCAGCAGCAUUCGGCUGCCAAGGUCCUGCCGAGGGGCACAUCUCGUAAUGGGGUUAGCCCCUCUAUACAGGUGCCUAGCACCCAGACUCUCCACCAGACUCUCUCCUUGUGUAUCAUGAUCUUGGAAACCUCCAGACACUGGUGCCUGGCCAAGGGCAGUCAGUUCCUGGCAUCAUGGUCCGUGGACAAAUUCUUGUUGGUCUCGCAGAGCGACCUCAAGAAAACCGUUGACUCCUCUGUGCACAUACUGCAAGCCUGUCAGUGGCUGUGUGGUGCAGCUUCCAAGGACAUUCAUCAGAGCACAACUCAUUCCAAGGACAAGGAGAUGGAGAGGUUGGAAGAGCUGAAAGUCAAGCUAGACACCAUCAAUGCCAGGCUGCAUAUAACAUCAAGUGAACUGCUUCAGGUGUUUGGCCAACACUGCAGUCAAAUGUGCGCCGACGUCUGGCAGCAGGGCAUGCCCAUGGGCAAAGUCUGGAGAAAGAAGACCACAGAUGAUCUACCCUCUGAGCAUAACCCCUAUGUCCCGGCUGCUGUCAACACAAUAUUGGUCCCACUGGUAGAGGGAGUAAGUAAUCUGAGAGUAUCGGCCCAGAUUGCCAUCAUAUCAGUUGCCGUGACAAACAUGCUGGAGAUGUGGAUGGCGCAUAUACUACGUGAGAAGCCAAAAUUUAGCAUUCAUGGAGCUCAUCAACUGGGCCAAGAUGUUGCCUAUGUCCGCACGUGGCUAAUGUCCGAUGCCAACGGCCUGGAACUACAGACCAGACAGAGCGUGCUCACGCUGGAGGCCUUCAAACACUUUGAUGGCGCUGUUUUACUCCUGAAACACCAGCCACGCCGUAAAGGAAUCAACUCACCCACCAGGGAUGACACCAGUUCAGAAUACAGCAGCAGCACCGUACCCAGUGCCGAGUCACGCCCAGGAAGUAUGAGCAGCCUGUCAGAUGCCUUACCCCCGGGGAGCACCAGCAACCAGACCACAGUGAGGGAGCCACCUCUGGCCCUGGGCAAUGGCAGCGACAUGGGGGAGAGCGGCUUCGAGGAGGAGACGUUCCGCGUGCCGCGCCGCAAGGAGUGGCUUAGCCUCCGUGUCCAUGGCAACCAGAAGUGGCGGCUGUUACCCUUCGGUUGUCUCAACGUGGGCGUUGUGGACUCCUGACGGUGCAAUGUAUGUUGCUGGCAGUAGAUAUGGCCUUGUCACCUGACUACAAACUCAAGAGUCCCAGUGUGAAAGUCAUGGUCUGGUUCCCCAUAGCAGAAAUCUAGGAGCUAUUCAAUGAUUUAGUUAUCCGCUCCUUGCACUUGACUUUACAGCUCAUGCAUAUGAAAGCGACUACAUUAUUUGCUCGUUGUUACUUGGGGAACAGAGUUUGCAGUGUAUUCCUCACCAUGUGUAGAAGAACCAGUACAUGCAUGAAGGCGGUCCCUCACACUGUCUCGUGUGAGUUGGCCAGUAAUCUCUCCUGCAUGGUUUCCUUAAUUUACAAUAUAAAUUCAGCUCCAAGUUGGUUCUUUCUCACUGUCAGUAACAUACUCCUUGAUUUGUCACCAGACUAUACAGAUAUGAUUCCUGGUGUCAACAUUAGGGUCUGGUACCUGAUGGCAUGUUCUCCGCUCUCAGUACCCUGCACCCUGACUUUAAGCCUUCAUUUUGAUGUGCCAAUAUCUGCUAUUCAGUUUUGACUUUACAAGGUAGAAAAUUUGAGUUGUCUUUACAAGCAAUCCUGUUGUAGGGCCAAAUGAGAGCAAUAGGCCCACUUACGUGUCCUUUAACACAGAUUUCAAUUCAGUGUUCACUACAAACCAUGGGCACUAUCCGGUUCGUAAAUGAGACGUCACUUCAGUUUAAGCCACUCUCACUGUACAUAGAUUACAUGCAUUAAUCGCCGUUUACAUGGAACUGGAAAUUGAUGCACAAAUUUAGCGAUCAUCCAAUAGGAGGCUGCAAAUCGUGGUGCAUUCAAGGAUAUGACGAAGUCACUUACGAAUCGGAUAGCCUCUUCCCAGGCAAAGCAAAAUUGCCUUAAAGGUGAUACUGGUUGCUGAACAAAAAUAUCCAAGCUUGAGCGCGCACAAAUUGAAAAUCUCAAAGUGAUUUAUUUUGCUUGAAAUAAAAGUCCGCCCAGAAUAAGUAGAUAUUUUAAUGAAGUGACUAUUUUUAAAGUUCAAAGCAGUGAGACUUGUUCAUCUGCUUUAUAUUUUGGCAAAAUACCUACAAAUACUUUACCAAGUCAAAUAAUUAUAGCAUGCUUAAUUGUUUUGCAUGAUAUUCAGCUAAGAAAUGCAUUCUCAGAAGUACUAUUGUUUCAGCAUUUAACUCCCACAGUAAUUAAAAACAAAACUACAAUCUGAAAGAAAAUUGUAGAUAAAAAAGUUUUUUUUACCCUUCCCUUUGUGGACUGUGUGUGUUUUUACAUUUAAAUUUACAACUUACCAUUAUAAUUUAAUUACAAUAUAGGCUGUGUAACUGGAACCCCACUAAGUUAGUGGCCUGAACCCAGUCCUUUUUAUGAACAACUGUGUGUAUUGUAUUCAUUUUAAAAAGUAAAUGUGAUGAAAUUAGAAUCCCAAAAGGUCAUUAGUGUGACCUGAGUUUUGAAACCCGAGUAUCUGAAAUAUAUGUCAAUGCUUUUUGAAACUGAUCGCUGAAGUGUAUGGAGUGGGUUAAUAGUUUAAUGUGCAGAUAUUUCUGUGAAUAUUUUAGUCUGUAAAAGUAGCUGAUCACAAAUGCGGGUAAAAUGCAAGUUUUUUUGGUUAGGGGGGGCUCACAGAUAAUCAUGAUUUGAUUUAGUUGAUACCAGUAUUUACAUGUACAUGUCAAAUGAAUGUCUGUGUUCCAGUCCAGUCAAGAUUAGAGUUCAUGUAAAACAAAUAAAAGGAAAUGAUCCUAA